AUGAACUCGGCUCGAGACACCAUAGGACACGGGACCCACACCUCCUCCACCGCGGCCGGGAACUACGUGGAAGGUGCAUCCUUCUUCGGCUACGCUGAUGGCGUGGCUCGAGGCAUGGCGCCUCGAGCCAGGGUGGCCAUGUACAAGGUGAUAUGGGACGAGGGACGUUGCGCCUCGGACGUGCUGGCUGGAAUGGACCAGGCCGUGGCGGAUGGAGUCGACAUCAUCUCCAUCUCCAUGGGGUUCGAUGGUGUCCCGUUGUACGAGGAUCCCGUCGCGAUCGCCUCGUUUGGUGCAAUGGAGAAGGAGAUUCUGGUCUCCUCCUCCGCGGGCAAUAAUGGGCCCAGAGGGAUUCCAUUGCAUAAUGGAAUCCCCUGGGUGAUGACCGUGGCAGCGGGAAACUUUGACCGCACUUACGUCGCGAGCUUGACCGUGGGGAAUGACAAGGAGAAAGAACAACACAUCAUAGUCGGGAGGAGCAUAUUCCCGCUCAAUGCAUGGGUUAAGAAUGAAACCCUUAUCUACAACAAGACACUCUCCAAAUGUGACUCUCUCGAGUUGCUCUCGCAAGCUCCACGUGCUAUUAUUGUCUGCGAUGACACAGGGUUUUUAAACGACCAAAUGCGGGCAAUCUCUGGGGUGACAAACCUCGCUGGUGCGAUCUUCGUCUCUAAAGAUCCUUCUCGUGUGGACUUAGAGUCAAUGAGUUGUCCAGGCGUGUUGAUUUCCACGAUGGAGUUGGCUACAGUCAUCGACUACAUCAAGAGUAGCGAUAACCCUAUUGGUGCAAUCAAAUUCCGCCAAACUGUGACGGGGAAAGAUGUCGCUCCCUCAGUAGCUGGCUACACAUCUCGAGGUCCUUCUCCGAACUGCCCUGCGAUUCUAAAGCCGGACGUUAUGGCUCCAGGAAGCCUCGUGCUGGCUUCCUGGAUCCCAAAUGGCUCCACAGCCUUAGUAGGAAAAAAUAUGUUGUUGACCAGUGAAGGGUUCAAUCUCAUCUCAGGCACGUCGAUGGCUUGCCCUCACGCUUCUGGCGUGGCGGCGAUGCUGAGAGGUGUGCAUCCGGAAUGGAGCCAUGCAGCUAUCAGAUCGGCCAUGAUGACGACUGCUGCUCAGCUGGACAGUUCCAUGAUGCCUAUCAAAGACUUUGGCCUAAAUUACACUGCCGCAUCUCCUCUGGCUAUGGGAGCGGGCCAUAUGAUGCCGAAUAAGGCCAUGGACCCUGGUCUGGUCUACGAUGCGACUCCACAGGAAUACGUGUCUCUGCUAUGUUCGAUGAAUUUUACCAGGAAUCAGAUCAUGACCAUCACCAGAUCGAACGAGUACGACUGUGCAAACUCCUCGUCGCUCGAUCUGAACUACCCGUCGUUCGUUGCGUUCUACGAUAAGAAUGUGACUACCGGAGCGAUGUUGACGCACAAGUUUCGAAGGGUCGUGACCAAUGUGGGAGCCGCGACGGCUUCGUACGAAGUGAAGGUGGCUCCACCGGUGGGAGUGAAAGUUGCGGUGUGGCCUCAGAGGUUGGUUUUCGGGAAGAAGAACGAGCAGAGAGAUUACUUCGUGGAGAUAACGUAUGGGAGUGAUGGUGAAGGGAUGGUUUCUCAUGGUUCGAUUGUUUGGGUUGAAGAAAGUGGGAAGCAUACUGUGAGGAGUCCGAUUGUUGUUGCGCCAACUUCUUCUGCUGGCUCUGUUUGGAUGCACGUUUAG